GCCAUCAAGCAAACGCGCUCUGUAGAGAAAGUUUGUCCGUUUAGGGCUACUGUAGAAAACAUGCCGGCGCAAAAUGGCGACUUCCAUGUAAGGGGACCCGCGGUGUAUGAGAUAGAAAUGGCUCAUUCUAAGGAGAAUCACGUGACGCUGGAGGGAUUUCACUGAGAUUGAGGGGAUUCCUCGCGCUCAGUUUUUGCUUUGUUGAGAGCUGCUUCAGUGUGAGGCUGGCACUUUGACCACUACCAGACGCUGACGUGAGUUUGGGGGCCUCAGGCUGACGUCUUGGCGCUUUGAUGAGGUAACGGCGGACCCCGGAAGCCCAGCCCCUGUGUCGUGCCACCCCUUCCCUUUCCCCUCCUCCCUUCCCCUUUCCAACCAGCCAAGCCAUGGGCCAGAAGAUCUCGGGAAGCAUUAAGUCCGUAGAUGUGCGAGGGGAGCCGUCCUUCAGGCCCCUGAGGAGGGAACUAAGAGGGCCGGAUUUCUUCAAGCCAGCGCGACUGGACCUACUCCUGGACAUGCCCCCUGCUCCACAUGAGCAGCAGCUCCGACACGCCUGGAACUCAGACGACCGCUCCCUUAACAUCUUCAUCAAUGACGACAAACUCACCUUCCAUCGACACCCGGUUGCCCAAAGUACCGAUGGAAUACGUGGACGAGUGGGAUACACACGAGGACUCCAUGUUUGGAGGAUCCAUUGGCCUGCUAGGCAACGAGGCACGCACGCAGUGGUAGGUGUGGCCACGGCAGAUGCCCCGUUGCACUCGGUGGGCUACACCUCUUUAGUUGGCAGUGAUGGUGAGUCCUGGGGCUGGGACCUGGGACGUAACAAGCUCUACCACAACAGUAAGAACCGUCCGGCUUCUUCUGCACCAACAUACCCAAGCUUCCUGGAGCCAGAGGAGGCCUUUGUGCUGCCGGAUGCCUUGAUGGUGGUGCUGGACAUGGAUGAGGGCACACUGAGCUUUAUGGUGGAUGGACAGUAUCUCGGAGUGGCCUUCAGAGGCCUUAAGGGCAAAAAGCUGUACCCCAUCGUCAGUGCAGUGUGGGGCCACUGUGAGAUCACCAUGCGCUACAUCAAUGGCCUAGAUCCGGAGCCGCUCCCUCUGAUGGACCUGUGUCGACGCGCGGCGCGGCUGGCUCUGGGACGAGAGCGUCUGCAGGAGAUCGAGACGUUGCCUUUGCCCCAGUCUCUGAAGAAUUACCUCCAGUACCAGUGAGAGCGCGAGAGACGCACAUGGACACAGAGAGGAAGCCUGAGGCGUUGAUAUAGCGCCACCCUCAGGCCGCAGAGGGAAAUGUUUACAUUGUGGCUCACUGGUGGAAUCUUAAGUUCAUUUUUUUUUUUUUUUUCAGUUUUUAUUUCUCCUCUUUAUGAGUUGUUUAAAUUAUUGAUGGCUUUGGAAGAAGCUCGGGGUGCGGUCAACAGACCUGCAGCGCCUCCAGGUGUACGUCUCGCUGUUUCAGAAAGCACAUCAACCUUGGGAUGCCUUUGAAAGCCCACAGUAAUAAUCCUUCCUCUCUCCCUGGGUGAGAGCACAGCAAACAGACACAGGAGACCGAGGCGGCCGGAGGUCGGGCUCAAAACCCGCCAAACGGGAGCCUAGAGGAGGAAAGGUGGCGCAGGUGCCAGAACUUGCGCACAAGACCACCAGGGGACAGUAACAUGACUGACGGCAGCCAUUUCUUCCCUUUUUUUCUGGGAUAUGGAUGUGUAUUCCCAUGGACACACAUGUACGCACACACAAUCACAUACGGAUUUUCACUUCUUUUUGUUCUCUGUGGGCUUGAGUCACUUUUCUAUCUGAUUUUAUUGUCAGUGUGAGAAUUUCAGUUGAUGAUGAUGAUUUUAUGGCUAUCUUUAAAUUUUAUUUAUCAAGUUCUAGUUCAUUUUUAAUGAAAUGAGGAUGUGCGAGCACACUGAUAUUGAACACUAUCAUACACUCGACACAUACGGCUUUCUAUUUUAAACUGGGAUGCUGCUUUUAUUAAUAUUAAUAUUAUUAUUAUUAUUCUGUCUGAACGCUCAGAUAGACGUCUGGUUUUUCCGAGGCACACAGUGGAAUGUAAAGAUCUUGCUAGCGUUAGCAUAUUUGAAAUGUGAAUAAAAGCCAAGUGAAUGAGAA